CUCGGUUCCUGUCUUCAAGUCAUAAACUAAACAUACUCGCAGCAAACGCACCACCACAAUGGCAUUAAUUGUGGACAAGCACCGUCCCAGAUCUCUGGAUGCACUCACAUAUCACGAGGAGCUCUCCGAGCGACUGCGCUCAUUAGCGCAAAGCGGCGACUUCCCCCACCUCCUCGUGUAUGGCCCAUCGGGUGCCGGCAAAAAGACGCGGAUUGUUGCGACCUUAAAAGAACUAUAUGGACCAGGCGUCGAGAAGAUCAAGAUCGAUGCUCGCGUCUUCCAGACAAGCAGCAAUCGCAAGCUCGAGUUCAACAUCGUCGCCUCCGUCUACCACCUCGAAAUCACCCCUUCAGAUGUGGGCAACUACGACAGAGUGGUGAUCCAAGAUCUCCUCAAAGAGGUGGCACAAACACAGCAGGUCGACCAGGCGGCGAAGCAGAAAUUCAAGGUCGUGGUCAUCAACGAGGCGGACCACCUCUCGCGGGAUGCCCAGGCUGCCCUGCGUCGGACGAUGGAGAAGUAUUCGCCCAACCUCCGCUUGAUUCUCCUCGCCAAUUCCACAGCGAAUAUCAUCGCGCCUAUCCGGUCACGCACGCUACUCGUGCGGGUUGCGGCGCCGACACACGAACAAAUAUGCGACGUGCUCGCCUCGUCGGCAAAGAAGGAGGGCUGGCCUGUGGUGCAGGGCCUACACCGGAGGAUUGCCGUGGAGAGCGGGCGGAAUCUGCGCAAGGCGUUGUUGAUGUUUGAGGCGGUACACGCACAGAAUGAGAAAGUGACAGAUAGCACACCCAUACCGCCGCCAGACUGGGAGGCGCUCAUUGGCCAGAUCGCCAAGGAGAUCAUGGAGGAGCACACGCCAGCCCGGAUUCUGCAGGUCCGGUCCAAACUCUACGAUCUCUUAACCCACUGCAUACCAGCAACGACAAUCUUGCGGACGCUCACUUUCAAGCUGAUCCCUCUGAUCGAUGAUGCUCUCAAGGCAGAUGUCGUCAAGUGGGCUGCAUUCUUCGAACACCGAAUCAAGACUGGGACGAAGGUCAUAUUCCACCUGGAGGCAUUCGUGGCUAAGUUUAUGAGGAUAUUUGAGAUGUAUCUUCUGAGCAUGGACAUGUGAGGUUGACCAUGCGUUACCGGGACAGGCUGGGCGUUCCGGAUGGGUCUUUGGAGGCGACAGAAGUCAGCCACAAUGAACAAACUAGGUGCUACCACUUGCCCAGCUGCACAAGGCAGAUUUUCGGGAUCUCAGCUGGCGUUAGAGCCCCAAACCAAUACCCCAUCCAGUUGGGGCAUCAUUGCAGGCUACUACCACGGCAGUAAUAAUUCACAACUUCACGCUGUCUGUGUUGAAGGAUGCCGCUCGCCCCGUCUACUCCUAUUGAGGGGGGCCUCGAAAGUUCUGCUUUCCGCCUCAGUUACCUUCUCAUAAUCUUAUUUCAUAUCUCCCUCG